AUGAAGCUUCUUACAGCGGCCUUGGCACAAGCGGCCCAAGGCACGCUGCUUGUUUCCGAUUUUAACACGGGAACACAGCUCUCCUCUGCCUUUGCUGAUGUUACUCUUUCAACGCCUUUGGAGUUGUUUGGUACAAGAGAAUUCACAAAUGUUUACGUCAACGAAGCCGGAUCAGUGAGUUUCGACAAGGAAUUUUUGAAUAUCAACGCAGGAAGUCAGACUUUGCAGCCGAGUGACCCUCAUAAAAUCGUCAUCGGCCCGUAUCUUGGCGAUUUUGCAUCUGUGACGACGUAUUACGAUCAGACCCUAUCUACUGCAUCAAAGUCAGCUGUCGAUGCUUUUGUACAGACUCACUCUUCCUACCCCACUUAUGCCUCUUCCUACAACUUGGUCGUCACUUGGGAUAGCGCUACUGGCGGAACUGGAACUCCUGGAAGCUCUCAAUUGGUGUUGACAUCCAACGGAGGAUUGCAUUUUGCUUUACUGAGUUAUGACUCAACAACUCCUGAUUUUUCAACGGCGCAAGGAAAUAACGGAGCAGAUGCUUAUGCAGGAAUUUUGACCCAUAAAGGCCGCGACGCACUCUGUCUCUCAACAAUCAGUGAUGCAACUGAUGGCGGAAACGAGCAAUAUCUCUUCAGCUUGGUUGACUUUCUUUCCUGCACCCAUUCGGCCAGUUUCUCCGAGUGCGGCGAGUACAAGAACGACUACAACGAGCAGUAUCAAACCGAGCUCGUCUACAAAACCGUCGCUUCCUCCUCUUCCUUAGGCUUCUUUUGGGAAGCGAUUGCCUCCUGCUAUGAUGGAUUUGCCAUCGACGCUUCUGGCAACAAGAAGUUCCCAGCACAGUGCAUUUACGAAGCUGAUCAAUAUUACACUUCGUGGUCGACGCCAAUUAAUCCAAGAACAUCCGAAACCUAUCGAUGCAAACAGGUUACAAACACAUUCGUUCAAAUCAAUGCUGUGAGCAUUUCUCUCGACGCUCUUGGCAACACCCCAUUCUCCCUUCUGGCCGGAAUCGACGUCACUAAAUUAACGACUCUUGGGCAGCUUCUUUGGCUCGUUCUUCUGAAAUUCGCCGUCGCCAUGCAGAUCAACGACAAUCUCUCCUUACCCAACUCAAUGCAUAUCGAUGGAGUCCGCCGAAUCGUCAGAAGAGAAGCUGACGAUAUCUCGAGAAUGCGCCGAGCUGUUACAACACCUACUGGUCCUGAUUUCAUUGACCUUUUGGAUGAACUCGGAGUUUGGAUGGAUACAUCUUCCUUCAACAACUUCGCCGACAUCACCACCGCCCUGAAUGACAUCGCCGUCGCGACCGAUGCGCUAAACUCCGACAUCGAUUCGAUCGAUUUCACCGUCGGCGUUGAUGCAUUCCUCCCGAUAAGGCCAUAUCAUCAAACUGGAGUCACUGCGGCUGAAAUCAAACAAAUGGUUGUUGAUGCAAUUACUGUCACUGCUGAUGUGACUGUGAAUACAGGCAAUGUGGACAAUCUCAUCAGUGAUAUUGACACUCAAAUCUCGGGAGAAUUGAACGAAGUCCUCGCCAGUUCAAGCUGUUUGGGCGGAAAUAAAAAUAUUCCAAGUCAACCAAAUCCACUCUGGGUCAAGCCGGACCAAUGCUGUGGCUCAAAACCGAUCGCUUCCGCUCAGCACGGAUGUUGCCAACUUUCAAAUGGCAAUCUUCGAUACUUUCUCCUCGACUCCCAAUCUUGCUGUAACGGUCAAAUAGUUGCAGCCGGUGAUCCUUCCUGUACUACGACAGUUGAAGAGGUCGACAUUAUGUAA